CCGCCACCUUCCACUGGGCUGGGGCGUGGCCUUCCUCCGACCUGCUCGGUCCAACAUGGCUCCGCGGUUGUGCAUCAUCUCUGCAUCGGCACGGCGGCUGCUGGGGAAGCCGGGACCCCGCGCUGGGGACCUCGCGGCUGCGGCUGCUGUGCGCUUCUAUUCCAAGGACAGUGAAGGCAGCUGGUUCCGUUCCCUCUUUGUGCACAAGGUGGAUCCUCGGAAGGAUGCCCACUCCACUCUGCUGUCCAAGAAGGAGACUAGUAAUCUCUACAAGAUCCAAUUUCACAAUGUGAAGCCUGAAUGUCUGGAUGCCUACAACAGUCUGACGGAGGCUGUGCUGCCCACGCUGCACCUGGAUGAGGACUACCCCUGCUCGCUUGUGGGCAACUGGAACACAUGGUACGGGGAGCAGGACCAGGCAGUGCACCUAUGGCGGUUCUCAGGUGGCUAUCCAGCCCUCAUGGACUGUAUGAACAAGCUAAAAACCAACAAGGAGUACCUGGAGUUCCGGAGGGAACGGAGCAAGAUGCUUCUGUCCAGGAGAAACCAGUUGCUUCUGGAGUUCAGCUUCUGGAAUGAGCCACAGCCCAGAGCUGGCCCCAACAUCUAUGAGCUGAGGACAUACAAGCUCAAGCCCGGAACCAUGAUUGAGUGGGGAAACAACUGGGCUCGGGCCAUCAAGUACCGUCAAGAGAACCAAGAGGCAGUGGGAGGCUUCUUUUCACAAAUAGGAGAGCUCUACGUGGUACAUCACCUAUGGGCCUACAAAGAUCUGCAGUCUCGGGAGGAGACUCGCAACGCGGCCUGGAGGAAGAGGGGCUGGGAUGAGAAUGUCUACUACACAGUCCCCUUGGUUCGACAUAUGGAGUCACGGAUCAUGAUCCCUCUGAAGAUUUCUCCUCUCCAGUGAUGCCCGCACUGCCUCUACUUCCUUCCCUUUCUCCCUUGGAGUAACCUGGAACAGAGGAGCUUCUUCUUCUUCUUCUUUUUUUUUUUUGGUUUUUCCAGACAGGGUUUCUCUGUGGGUUUGGAGGCUGUCCUGGAACUAUUUCUUGUAGACCAGGCUGGCCUCGAACUCAGAAAUCGGCCUGCCUCUGCCUCCCGAGUGCUGGGAUUAAAGGCAUGUGUCACCAAUGCCCGGCUCUGGAAGAAUUCUGAUGGGUUAUUAAGCUUGGAAAAGAUGACGCUUUCUAAGAACGUACAGUUCUGUCUAUGCCCAUCCCACUUCUCUCCCAGGCAGAAGAAGUUUCUAAUUUCCCUAAUGAAAAAUAGCAACAUUUUAAGCAUUCCCACAUUUCCCCGAGGCUCCUCUCUCCAGGCUGUCAAGUCCCCAGCUAACGCUGUGGACAUUGCCUAGAUUCCUGACAGGUGGCAUGACUAGUUGUUAAGAGGUGGGGGGUGUGAAGAGAUAGCAGACCAGGUAUGGCCUCCAGGAACUCCCUGGCGUCUAUUUGUUGAAAAUGCAAGUCUGAGCCUUAAGAACCUGGAACAGCUGUAAACUCUGAAGUCAUGAAUGUCUGAAGGAGACCCAGAAUUCCACUCAGAGGGGCUGGGAAAGGAUGAAAGGGAGGAGGACUUGGGUAUAUGAGACAGACUUGAAGCAGGACCUAGGAGAAGCUGGAACAUAGGACCCAGCUUGGUUUGAAACGCAGAAUUGGAAGAUAGAGAUGGUGGAAGACCUUAGGGAGGACCCUACGACAGAUGGAGAGGCUUAGCCUUUUUUCCUAUGAUUCAGUUAAACCUUGAAUUGUGUUCCAGCUCUUCUGACUUCCUUCCUACAGGCAAAAAUACAGGCUGUGACCUCUCCUCUUCUCUCCUCUUCAAUUCCUUCUUCCCCAGUUUGACUUUCUGUCAGCAGACCCUCGUUUUGCAGAACCACCAGGCCUGUGGAGUGGGUUCAGUGAUUCUGGGGUCUCCUCAAUGACCCCCAUACCUCAUGAGGCCCUGCCUAGCAUGGUUUUGCUACCCUACCAGGGAAAUGUAUUGGGAUAGUUGAUGGAACCAAAUUAAAUAUUUACUUAA